AUGGGAGACUUGAGCUACGGUUUGCCUCGCGUUCACUCUACAGCGCUUUUUCAUUCAUCUCGACCCAGAAUAUUGAUAACUGCAACAAAAACUACCGCAGAUCCAGUAAAUUUUAUUAAAGAAAGCAGUAAAUACAAACCUCAAUGGAGCUACAUGUCCUGUUUUAAUCAUGAUUUGUACGAUGACAUUUGGUAUAAUCGUUAUGUUGACUUAAGACCAGAAUACAGAAGUCUAUUUUGCCCACGUCGUUUCUAUCACUCAGAUAUAAUGCCUAAUCCACACUACUGGAGUGGCCCAUACACAGUAUGGACAAAACACAAGGGAUUCUGGUAA